AUGGCAUGGCGCGACAAGGCAGGGAAGAAGCCACACUUGCGGAUGCUUGCAAUAGAGGUUAAUCAUAAGUGGGAUGCUUGUUCAAGAAAACUUCUCUCUAAAUGGGAAGGCCCCUAUGUUAUCGAAGAGUUCUAUCGUUCCGGUGCCAUAAAGAUCAACAACUUCGAAGGCACAAAUCCGUGGGUUGGUGUGAGAAACUUUGAGGCGUGCCAUUCCGCUACAUUGCGUCUCAGCCUCCUCCCUGGCGCUGCGCCAGCGCGGCGCGUGUCCGCGUCCCAUCUCGCGGCCGCGGUGCUGAACUACGUGGACGUCCUGCCGGAGGCCCUCGCCUUCAUCCAGCGGUUCAAGAGCAAGACGGUGGUGGUGAAGUACGGCGGCGCGGCCAUGAAGUCGCCGGAGCUGCAGGCGUCGAUGAUCCGCAACCUUGUCCUCCUCUCCUGCGUCGGCCUGCGCCAUGUGCUCGUGCACGUUGGCGGUCUGGAGAUCAACUCCUGGCUGCAACACAUCGGCGUCGAGCCGCAGUUCCGCAACGGCCUCCGCGUCAUCGACACUCUCACCAUGGAGGUCGUUUGUGAAGGUGCUGGUCAGCAAGUCCGCGGGUUCGUCGGCGAGGUGACGCGCAUACACCUCUCUGUGCUCCACCCGAUCAUCGCGUCCGGCCACAUCCCAGUCAAGCCAACCGUGGCCGCCGACGAGACUGGGUAGGCCUACAAGAUCAACGCCGAAACUGCUGCGGUGGAGAUCGCGGCUGCCAUUGGCCUCGAGAAGCUCUUGCUUUCUUUUUAGAAGAGCAGAAUUUGUUGCUCAUCACUACCAUUGGCGACGGGAUUAAGUGGGACUCCAAUGGGCUAAUAGGGCUAGCCCACCCAA